AACACGAUCGCCAAGCGCAACCUGGCCGACGCCAUCGACUGCGAGACGCUUCUGUGGCGCGCCUACUGCGACGAGCCGGACUCGGUCCUCGAGUACAUGGCCAAGGACUGCAUGGUCAUCGACCCCGUCACCCUGGGCACCGCCGAGCCCACCGACCGCGAUGAGCUCGAGGAGAAGCUCAAGAAGGUCAAGCCGUGGACCUCGUACCGCAUCCACAAGGACACGCGCGUCGUCAGCCAGAUCGGCCUCAUGUCCAUGGCCACCAUGUGCAGGGUCACCCUGUACAAGAUGGGCAAGACCGCCAAGGAAAAUGAGCAGGUCGAGGCGGUUACUUCCUCGGUCUGGAGGCAGACUGCCGGUGCUGAGUGGGAAUGCUGCAGUCUGCUGGUUGGCUAUGCCGAGUGA